CAGGCACGGGUAGCGCCGUCUCAUUUGAAUGUAUUCCUCAAUUUAGCGAAUCUGAUCGCUAGGAAUAAAUCACGUCUCGAAGAAGCGGACGCACUGUACAGACAGGCCAUCAGUAUGCGAGCCGAUUAUACACAGGCCUACAUAAAUCGCGGCGAUAUUCUUAUACGUAUGAAUCGGACGCGAGAAGCGCAAGAAGUGUACGAAAAGGCGCUGCAAUUUGAUUCCUCCAAUCCUGAUAUCUAUUAUAAUUUAGGCGUUGUAUUACUGGAACAGUCGAAAGCAACGCAAGCUUUAGUUUAUUUCAAUAAAGCGCUUGAAUUGAAUCCAUCGCACGAACAGUCGCUCAUGAAUUCAGCGAUUCUCAUACAGGAGAGCGGUAGCCAUGAGUUGCGCCCUUUAGCUCAACAACGGCUACAGUUCCUCAUAGAGAACGGAAAGGCCAACGAAAGGGUUUAUUUCAAUUUAGGUAUGCUUUCGAUGGACGCCAAAGACUACACGAACGCCGAAAAGUGGUUUAGGGCUGCCAUUCAUAUUAAG